AUGACGGGUUUAUUCUUACCAAGAACUGUUCCUAACAUUGAUUCUUCAUAUUUUAUGGGAUAUUUGCCAAAAAUGUUUGAAUCUAAUUUGAAUACUGCUUGUGAUGAAGCUUAUCUUAAACUUUUUGAUAAUUAUGUACCGAAUUUAACAAAACAACUUGAAUUUAGAGUAGGGUAUGUAAAUGAGCCUGUAGAAAGACUUGACUCAGAACUUCACCAUUUAUGCGACGUUCUAAAAGGUCAUUAUGUUUGCGAAUUGGAAAUAUGGUUUUCUCUUAGUGUAUUUGAGAAGUAUUUUCGCAAUCUUACUCUUGGAGAGAAACCUUCUCAAGGACCUAAUCCAUAUGAACAGAAAUUUUGUGAUUUAUGUCUUAAUAUAUUAAAGGAAAUUGUGGAUUUCCUCGCUUUCUGUUUAAAACCACAGCAUACAAAAGCAGCGACUAACUUUAAUGCUACGGAAAAUGAAUGUUUUCAAGGGGUGCCAAGACUUAAAACAUAUAGAACUAAGUGCAAACUAUCUGGAAAUCAUGUUAUAUACCUUACUAAAUGUAUUCAUAAUCAUUCCCAUAAUAACUAUAUGAAAAAACUUCUACAUAAUACCUUAGAAGAUUCGACUUUUAAAAAAGAUGAAGCCAGAGGAUAA